ACCGGACACUCAGCCACUCAGUCAAGCCAGAUAUCGGAGAGCUCACAACCACCAUCUCUCCCCAUCUCGGACAAAGCAUAACAUAACUGGACAUCACUUCGCACUAGAGACACUGUGCCAUUUCUUCGAAGAGGCAACAAGUAAGGGAUUUUUUUCUCAAUUACAAAUCCCAGAUCAGUGAGGUGUGCGUGAUCGUUCCCAGAAAACGGCAGAAGGAUGAACAGCUUCGAUCUGGAUGAGCUGUUCGACACGUGGGAGGACCUGAACCUCACAGGCCUCCUGGAGAACGGGACGCGCGUGGAGAUGGGUGGCUGUCCCACAGCCUUCGACCGCAGCGCCCUGCUCCACUCCAUGUGCAUCCUCUAUGUCUUCAUCUUCGUGGUCGGUUUGGCCGCCAACAGCCUCGUCCUCUGGAUCAACAUCCGCGCCCAGCGCACCACCUCCCCUCGCCACGAGACCCACCUUUACAUCGCCCAUCUGGCGGUGGCUGACCUGUGCGUGUGCAUCACGUUGCCCGUGUGGGUGAGCUCCCUGGCACAGCACAGCCACUGGCCCUUCAGCGAGUUGGCAUGUAAGCUCACCCACCUGCUCUUCUCCGUUAACCUCUUCAGCUCCAUCUUCUUCCUGGCCUGCAUGAGUGUCGACCGCUACAUGAGCAUGACACGGCCGGUCGACAGUGAGGAUGGGGGCCGGCGCCGGAAGCUGAUUCGCCACGGCGUAUGUAUGGGGGUGUGGCUCCUGGCUCUGGUGGCUUCCUUGCCGGACACAUACUUCCUGCGGGCUCUGAGGUCAUCACAAGGGGAAGUAGUGCUGUGCAGGCCGGUGUACCCAGAGGAACACCCUAGGGAGUGGAUGGUAGGGGUCCAGCUGAGCUUUAUCCUGCUUGGCUUCAUCAUUCCCUUCCCUGUCAUCGCUCUGGCCUAUGCCCUCUUGGCCAAAGCACUCUCCUCCUCCUCCUCUUCCUCCUCGGCAGUGGAGCAGGAGCGUCGCGUGAGCCGCAGGGUGAUCCUGGCCUACAUAGUGGUGUUCCUCGGCUGCUGGGGGCCCUACCACGGGGUGCUCCUGGCCGAUGCCCUCUCCCUGCUGGGCCUGGUUCCUCUGAGCUGUGGGCUGGAGAACGCCCUCUACGUGGCGCUGCACCUCACCCAGUGUCUGUCCCUGCUCCACUGCUGCGUCAACCCCAUCCUCUACAACUUCCUCAACAGGAACUACCGCUACGACCUGAUGAAGGCCUUCAUCUUUAAGUACUCCACACGUACAGGCCUGGCCAGGCUCAUAGAACAGACCCAUGUCUCUGAGACAGAGUACUCUGCCGUCGCUGUGGAGAACACACCACAGAUCAGAGACUGAACUCUAGAACACACUCUGGAACUCAAAAACACAUCAAGGACAUUUAGAACAUAGUCUAGAUCAGUGGUCACCAACUGGUCCAUCUCCAAUGCUUUCCUAGUCGAUCGCCAAACAUGUCUGUAAAAAGCCCAACGAGAAAGCCUUGCGUUCUUAAUUGUUUCGCUCUGUUUGCGGUAGGUGCACUUCAUUCAGCUGCCCUGCUUCCCAGGUAGUCGAAGUGUUCUCAUUUUUAAUCAUUUAAGGUACAAACUCUGCCUACCCAGUGGUCAUGGAGAUCAAAUCAAGUACACCUAUAGGCCUACCGUUGGCUAAUCAGAUAUACUAUAUAUACACAAAAGUAUGUGGACACCCCUUCAAAUGAGUGGAUUUGGCUAUUUCAGCUACACCCGUUGCUGACAGGUGUAUAAAAUCAAGCACACAACCAUACAAUCUCCAUAAAGAAACAUGGGCAGUACAAUUGCCUUACUGAAGAGCUCAGUGACUUUCAAUGUGGCACUGUCUUAGGGUGCCAUCCUUUCCAACAAGUAAGUUAGUCAAAUUUCUGCCCUAAUAGAGCUGCCCCGGGAAAGUGUAAGUGCUGUUAUUGUGAAGUGGAAACGUGUAGGAGCAACAACGGCUUAGCCGAGAAGUGGUAGGCCACACAAGCUCACAGAACGUUCUGUCCUAGCAUUGCCUGUAUUCGAGCUGCAGCAAUGAUUGCAUAUAGAGUUCACCCAAUAGCUGCAUUAUUUUUUUAACUGCUAGAGGUGUGUGUGUGUGUGUGUGUGUGUGUGUGUGUGUGUGUGUGUGUGUGUGUGUGUGUGUGUGUGUGUGUGUGUGUGUGUGUGUGUGUGUGUGUGUGUGUGUGUGUGUGUGUGUGUGUGUGUGUGUGUGUGUGUGUGUGUGUGCGUACGUGGUGUGUGGACCUUAAAGUCCACUUUGUAAAUAGUUAGAAGGGCAUUGAAAUACUGUACAUAUAUUAUCAUUAUGAGAUUGUUAUUGUUCAACUUAAGAUAUAUUUUUGUACAUAUUAUAACAUAUUUAUGGUAUGCUUCAACUUUCCAAAUUUGUAUGUUUUUAAAUCAUUGUGUUGUGGAUUCAGAAGUCCAUUUCAGUAAUGUCUAUGUGUUCAUAAAGCUGCCUCGUUGUAAAUGAGAGUCCCUUCCUCCGUGACACCAGUCCUGCUGUCUACUUCAAUCUCAUAAUACUUUGAACCAGCUCCCGUUCCUCUUCUCCCUCCUUCUGUGACCCCUGACCUAGAAUGACCAGAGAGGUCCUGGUAUUGUCUCAGAAAAUGUUGAGUUUUCAGAACAGUGAUCAUUUAAGGAGAGGCGACAAGGAAAGGAAGCUAGGUAGGAGUGUUGACACAGCCUCGAUAUCUCUAUCACCACAUAUAGCAUAGCUGUAACUAUACAAUACGUUAUGGCUAAUAUUAGCAUUAGAGAUCAUAGUGAGACACGUGUGCUUCAUAUGGCAUCAGGGACGCUGCAUCAGCACACACACCACACCACAGCACAGACAGUGAGGGCUUUAUGACCAAUAAACAAACACAGCUUUACUGCAUCCAUGUGUAGGCAGCCACAGCCACAAUGCUGGACAGAUGUGUAUAAAUGCUGCAGUCUAUCAAUACGAAAAAGAGGAACUACAUUCUGAAUCUUUUAUUGGGAUAUAUCCUGUGUGUGUCUAUGUAUGUCUGUGAGUGCGAGAGAGACAGUGUUCGUAUGUGGGCGUGCAUGUGUCUGUGUGCGCGUGUGUGUCUGUCUUCAUGUUGUGGGCCACAGUACAAACAGUGUGACACACAGUGUUCCAUGCCAAAUUAUGAUGUUGGAUAUAGCGAUGAACAUGAUUAUUUAAAUAUUCAAAUAUCCGAACGGAUGUUAGUAUUUGAAUACUUGUGUGAAUAUACAUUCCUGUAUAGGUCUAUUUUAAACACCCACAACAGUAGAAAUCAACUUCUCGAGCUGAAAGACAAUGACCAGAGCUUACCCGUGAUGUUGCACAAUGAUGUAAAUAAUUCAUCUUUUUAGUCAUAGUACAUUAUGAUAUAUUUGGGCUUGAAAUGCCAAAUCUGAAUGUGUGACUUCGGACGUUUCUGUGAGUCUUAUGCCUUUUUUCUUAUGGGAUGACGUGCAAAUUCUUUACAGCCUAUGUUUUGUUUCAGAGCUGGGUUUGAUUUAAAUGUUACCACCCACCAACAUGGCAAUGUUAAUUAAUCAGAAACACCUGCUGUAAAGUUCUUCCUAUUCGCAAGUCAUCUGAGAGCCUGACAGCUUUUCUCUGUAGCAAAAACAUGGGUUUCUACUAGAUAAAACAGCCACAAAGUCAAAAUGGUCUAUAUUAUACAGAUUUGUGAAAACAAAAAUGUGCUUUUUGGUCUUCAUUUCAGGUUAGGGUUAGGCUAAGGUUAGUAGUGUGGUUAAUGUUAGGGUUAAGGUGAGAGUUAGGUUAAAAAUCUAAUUUUAAGAUGUGAAAAUGUAGAAGUAGACGGGGUUCAUGACAUUGUGGCUGUGUUAACUAGUGACGACCCUACACUUGGCCACCUUGCCAUGGAGCAAAUUAAAUUUAAAUUAAUGUUUUUGCAUCUCCCCUUUUUUUUACAAGCAAAUUAUCAUAAUCCAUUGGAUAAUUUGUCAAGUUUCACUUAUUUUUCUGCUAGUCUACAUUCCAGUUCCACCUCAGACAACCACUAUGCCGAUGUUGGCUAAAGCGGAACUGAUUGACUAGAGUCCUUAAGUUAAAAAAACACAAGUAUUUUCAAUAUCCGGAUAUCCAACAAAAAUGAAUGAUACUAUUCAAAUAUUGAACAGAUGUCAAACCACUAUCCCUAGUUGGAUAUGUCCUAAACAUUUAUGUGUACAAUGCUAUUUCUGUCUGUGGUAGAAAACAUAUUUAUUUUGAUACGUUGCCAUGAGUCAUCGUGUUAUCUGAUUGGAUGCAUAUGUAUCCUAUUACAUUGUAAGGGUUCCAAUCCUUGCAGUGAUUAUUAAAACAAAGAAACAAAGACCGACAUGUCUACAAGAAGAGGCAUUCCAAUAUAUUUUAUAGAGAUAUUUUAUGUUUACUGUAUGUUAUGGAUGUUGUUACUCAUUAAAUACCAAAAAUGAAUACUAUGUCUGAAGAUCUUUUGCUUUGUGUUAGUACUUUAAUCACAGCUUUUUAAUUAAAGUAACAAAUGGUGAAAUUUAACCAGUGUUUAUUGCAUUAUUGGACAGCUUUAGUAUAGCAGCUCUGACUGGACACC